GUCAUAGGCGGUCCUUCACGUGUUGACACUCGGGGAAACUCGAAACUCAAAUACAUUCAUGAAAUUUUCUGUAACUUUAUGUUAUUGAAUUGUGUCACCUUCAGACUUAAGUUCGACUACUAAACUAACUUCCACCCGGCAAGGAAAUGAAUUGAAUGGACCCGAGAGAGUCCCGCAAAAACGGGAAGUUGUAAAGCCUUUACUGCUCAUUUAUAAACUAUUCAGAUAAACAGCCGGACGCGUUUAAUUUUAUGGUUAGUGCUGAACUUCGUCUUGUUAAAACAUGAAGUUGUAGGCCUAUCUGUCGUUGACGUGCUACUUUCGGAAAGCGCUGGUUCACCCAUGGGAAGGUGCGAAUUUUAGCCACGUUUUAAGUAAAGUUUAAAGUGGUAAAGUGUAAAUUUCAUACUCCAUGAGUAUAUUGAAGUGACUAGUUUAACAUGAGUGAGAAACAAUCGCCGGGAGACCUAAACGAGGAACAAACUAAGGCAGAUUUGGAGAACCAUGUCAAGUCGGAGGUGGCUGACACGGCGCAGCGCGCCGACGGUCAGAGUCAGCCAGACGGUCAAGAAACGAAGCCCACCCGUCUGUACAAACGCCGUUGGAUGAUGGUCCUGCUUUUCAGCUCAUAUUCACUGUGCAACUCAUACCAAUGGAUACAAUACGGUAUCAUCGGCAACAUUUUCAUGAAGUUCUACAACGUGGACAGUUUCACUAUAGAUUGGAUGUCUAUGAUCUACAUGCUGACAUACAUUCCCUUCAUCUUCCCGGUGACCUGGCUGCUGGACAAGAAGGGGCUCCGGGUCAUCGCAAUUGUGGCCACCGGGCUGAACUGUGCAGGGACGUGGAUCAAAGUGACAAGCGUCAGACGCGACCUGUUCGCUGUCACCUUCCUAGGGCAGUUCUGUUGCUCCUGUGCUCAGGUGUUUAUCCUUGGGAUGCCCUCGAGAAUCGCGUCAGUGUGGUUCGGCUCAAAGGAGGUGUCCACCGCCUGCUCAAUUGGAGUUUUCGGGAAUCAGCUGGGUAUUGCCAUUGGGUUUCUUGUUCCUCCCAUCCUGGUGCCUAAUGUGGAAGACAUGGAUGAGCUGGCUCACCACAUCAGGAUUAUGUUCUACAUCACAGCGGGAGUGGCUACCGUACUCUUCAUCCUCGUUGUGUUUGUCUUCCAGGAGCGUCCUGAACUUCCACCGACUCAGGCCCAGGCCACAGCUCGCAGCAUCCCACCAGAGCAGUACUCAUACACCGCCUCCAUCCGCAGGCUGCUCCGCAACAAGCCCUUCAUCCUCCUCAUCAUCACUUAUGGUUUGAACGUGGGUUGUUUCUACGCUGUUGGUACCCUGCUGAACCGCAUGAUCAUCGAUCAUUACCCUGGGGAAGAGGUGAAUGCUGGGAGGAUAGGCCUUACCAUUGUCAUUGCUGGUAUGGUUGGUUCCCUGAUCUGCGGCAUUUGGUUGGACAGAAGCAAAACUUACAAGCAGACUACCCUCGCUGUCUAUUUCAUGUCUCUGGUGGGGAUGAUCGUCUAUGCUGCUACACUCAGUCUUGGACACCUCUGGGUGGUAUUCAUCACUGCUGGAUCUCUUGGGUUCUUCAUGACAGGCUACUUACCACUGGGGUUUGAGUAUGCGGUCGAGCUGACGUACCCAGAAUCUGAGGGGACCUCUUCUGGGCUCCUCAACUGUUCAGCCCAGGUGUUUGGCAUUAUAUUCACCAUCUGCCAGGGAAAGAUCAUCGACCACUUUGGCACUCUGGCAGGAAACAUCUUCCUCUGUGUCUUUCUUCUAAUCGGCACAAUAAUAACAGGAUUAAUCAAGUCUGACCUGCGGAGACAAAAAGCAAACUUAUUGGCCAAAGCAGCAGCGGAGGGGCAGAUGUCGGGACAAGACUACGGAGCCACGGCCUUAAUCUCUGAGUCUCCUCCUUCUCAAGCCUGAUCAAUAAACCCUUUCUGCUUCCAAAAAAAUCCCCUCAAAUCUUAGCUCAACACACAGACGCACAAAGGGAACAUCCGACUGCCACAAUGGGAGCCUGUCUGCACCCACCGUCAUCAAAGAAGCCAAACUUUAGAUGUACACAUAAAGAAAGGAAGAAAACAAAAACUUUGACAAUUCUUAUGAUCUGCUUCCUGUUGUAGUGUAAACUCACCUCCCUUCUGAGAAGCUUUAGAUAGUACAAUGUUGUAUAAAUUAUUUAUAAUGAAAUCUUUUAUGCUAAUGAUAUUCUUACCAAGCCUAACAAAUCUUUCAGUCUCAGACAGAUUUUUUUAAAUAUUUGAAUGUAAAUGAAAUGCUUACACUAAAACUGCUUGAAAAUCUCACAAAUCUGUGAAAUGUUUGUUUGUCCCAUUUUUAUGAUAGAUUUUGGUAGAACUUGAAUUAAUUCGUACAGCAUAUUGAAUGGUUUCUAAUUCAAGGCAGUUGGCAGUAACGGAAAAGAAGGAUAAAUACUGACAUCAUAGUUAUGGAGCUAACAAUAUUUUUGUUUACAUGAAAUAAAACAUGAAAUAAAACA